AUGAUUGUUUUAGUUCUCAUUACGCUCUGCCUUGUUUCCGGCGCACUUUCUUCGUUGCUGUGUCCGAGGAAAUUUAAUCCUGAGCUGACAGUGCACUUGGCUCAUCCGAUCGACUGCGGUAAGUUUCUAACUUGCGUUGGAUCCCAUCCGGUCGAACAAUCCUGUCCAUCAGGACUUCACUGGAAUGAAGAGCAGGGCUUUUGCGAUUAUCCACGUGCUUCUAAUUGCUCCCGGGGGGAUGCUGCGAAAGAGGCGCAGUUCAAUUUGACUACGAUUUCACACAGCCAGCAAUGUUUGCCACAAACCGCAAGAUGUCCCGUGAACUCUAAGCCUCGGGAAGAAGUUGUUUUUGUAAAACACCGGAAUUGUCGCAAGUUCUACGCGUGCGUGUCUGCUCAACCAAUUGAGCUGAGCUGCCCCUACCAGUUGUAUUGGAAUUCGAAGAGUUGUAUCUGUGAUUAUGACGUCGACGAUGAAUGCAAUGAGGAUGGCGAUAGGAUCGAAGACGACGUUGAAGAAGCUCAACCUGAGGACGGUGAUGCUGAUGAAGAGCAAGAACAGGAAGAGGAACAACCUAAGGAAGACGAGGCAGAACAGAGUCAAUCAGAAGCAAAUGCAAGCUCAUCGGAAUCUACUGCAGUAAGAGUCCGCCGAGCUGCAGAUAAUUCUGGUUCAGGAGCUAACUCCGGCGGUUCUGGAUCAGCAGCAAACUCCGGUAGUUCUGGUUCAGGUUCGAACGCAAAUACUGGCCCAGGAUCCGGUUCCAAUCCGGGAUCCAAUUCUGGCUCCAGCUCGGGAUCAGGAUCAGCACCGGUUCAAUCGGGUGCAGAUAUCCAUACUGUUUCCUCGAUUGCCGUACUUUUGUUCACCGUUACGAUGAGUGUAUUGUGA